AUAGAGCGAGUAUUAUCAGUCUUAUCAUGUACUCAAAAUUUUAACUUGUAAAUUUGUCUUGUUGUAUCGAAAUCAAAAGAGUAAAUUCAAGUGUUGUGUGUAUGACUUAUCAGUAAAUAAUUAUUAGAUUAACAGUGUGUUUUCAUAAAUAAUUGUGGUGUGUAUUGCCAAUUGUUGAGUUGAAUUACUGAUAUUUUUUUCCUUCAACCGAAAGCUGGUUUGGCGGGCCAAAUUUUUCGUACUUCAUGAGUGCAUUCCACAACCCCACAACGGGGGAUGAAAGAAUGCCGUAAUGAUUGUAAGAAGUUGGUCGUCCCGACCCAGGAGGGCGUCGCGGAGCGUCGCCAACUCUCCUCAGGGUAAUACUGGAGUUACGCCUGGGCCGACGGGACUGAAGUCGCGAAGAGCCUCCGUUGCGACUGACAGACCAUCUCAUCUAGCUCAAAAUAAUAUUCCUGGUGAAGGAAUGGAUAGGCAACGAUCACCAAGAGGCAGCAUAGUACCGAACAUUGCGUUGAAUGUUGAAGAUGAUGAAGAACCGACUGGCAGAAGAUUUCUCCCUGACCCGGAAUUGUGUGUAUCGACACGAGGUUUACAUCCGGAUCCCAACCGAAGUCCUCGGAAUUCUCUCGUCCCGGAGGAAUAUUGUAGAAGUCCUCGAGGUUCCUUAGUUCCAGAUGUCGCUCGAAGUCCCAGGAACAGUUUGCUACCAGACGGCUCACGGAGUCCGAGGCAUUCUCUUGUGCCGGACGGAGCACAAAGUCCUCGAAAUCCAUAUGGCCCAGAUGGUUCAUUUAACCGAAGUCCCCGAGGUAGUCUGGUGCCAGGAUCGGCAACAGGAGCUUCAAGGAACACUCUCAUGCCUGACAAUAGGGACGUUAGGAGCUCGCGACACUCACUAGCGCCCGAUAUCUCCAGGAGUCCACGUGGUAGUGUCGUCAAUAUCGAAUUCGAUAGGACACCUAGAGGCUCCAUAUGUCCAGAAAUGUUGAGAUCACCGAGAGGUAGUAUUGUUCCACCCAUUGACCUGGACAGGACACCACGAGGAUCGAUAUGUCCAGAUAUAUCUUCGAAUAGGUCACCGAGAGGAUCCAUUUCUUCGGAGUAUCAUAAUCCAAGCCCAAGGGGUUCUAUUAUGCCUGAGCCUAAUAAAUCUCCCCGCGGCUCAAUUGCUCCUGAUCUAAAUCGCUCACCGAGAGGAUCCAUAUGCCCAGAGGGUGGACGCAGCCCACGAGGCUCCAUUGCCCCUUUCGAAGGUGCCAACAGAUCACCCAGAGGAUCCAUAGGAAUCUCAGACUUUGAUAGAAAUCCUCGAGGGUCCAUUGGAGACCAGGAGAGUAUGAAUCGUAGUCCAAGAGGUAGCAUUGGUCCUGACAUUGAUCGGAGUCCUAGGGGCAGUCUCGGAGGAUACGAGAAGCGCAAUCAACGAGGAAACAAUCUCGCACUUCAAGAACCUAGGAGAGCUUCCGCUGAUCAAGGAUUAGCGACCAAUCGCAGUAGCUCUCCAUAUCGCCAGAGAGAUGGGAAUUCGAGCAGUGUGAGAUCAGGUGGAAAUCAGAAUGCUCAGACCAACCUUGAAUAUGGCACAAAUGGAUGGGCAGAUUCUAGACGAGCCAGUAGUUGGGUGUCCCAGCUUUCAGGUGAUGAGUCUCGGAGAUUGUGUAUGAGGAGCGUAGCAUCGACCGAAAAAGGAGCAUGUAGUGCCAGUCUGGGUGUUGCCACAUAUGGUUCACUCGUCUUUCAACUGAAGGAAUCCCACCGAGAGGCGAACGGGACCUGUGACUUUGUGCUGAAAGCUAUGAGGGUUGUCAGCAAAACGAUGGUCGUGACAAUUUGUCUCGUGUGUCUCUCCACUCUCCCUCUCUUGAUGCUCAUUAUGGGUUUACAAUACAUUAAGGACUGUCCCAAGGAGCCUCACAUACCAGUCUACAUGAUAGUAGGAGGCACACUGGGUAGUGUGAGGAUGUUUUGGGCGCUCUACUCUCAGAUACGCUCUCGACGUCUCGAAAACACCAUCACACCCCACGAGAAUUCUCAUAUAUCACCGAUGCAAUUGGUGUCCAUAACUCUCACGGUCUUCCUAACAGGCUGGUUCGCAAUAGGUAAUUAUUGGAUUCUGAAGAUCAAAUGGCCAGAGUAUACAUCGACCAUGUUCGAGCCAGAUCGUUGGUGCCAUAAAACACUAUAUGUGUUUGCCAUCAUCCAUCUGGGAAUCAUAUACGCCGCUAUUGGGAUGUCCAUCGUCACGGCUAUAGGAUUAGCAAUUUGUAGAGUGCUUGCCUGUCCUUGGUUUGAAAGAUACAAAUAACCACGGCGAUCCACGCGUCUAAAGGAAUAUCUUGGUGAACAUAUUACGACUGGGGACUCUGCCCGGCGCCAAAAACGAGUGUCUCUGGACAGUAAAAUACUUGAAGAAGUCAACGAAGAUGAUGAAGAGAAUGGAGAACGUAAUUCGGCAAUUGAGAAAUUCUCCAGCAGAGUGCAAUUUCGUGCACCCGAUAUCAUCGAAUUGUAACCGUAUAUCAUUGAAAAUGAUUUUGAACGUAACUGAUUGAAGGAAGAAUUUGUAGUGCUCCGCAGGUACCCACGAGUGGAAUAUUUUUUCGAUAGGUGAGUAAAUAUGAUAAUUUUAUAGUUGAUGGAUGGAGAUAAUUUUUUUUACACUUGAUACAAAAAAAAAUGAUGACUAAUAAUAUAUAGAUAAAAUUUUUUGCCAGCAAUGAUGGAGUCUCAUUUCUAAAAAAAAUUGUAAUAGUGUAAAAUUUUUGAAUUAUCAGCGUAUUAUUUUUAGUGGACAAAUUGUUUCCGUAUCAUUCCAUAGGAUAUGGUGAUUCCUCAAAAUAACUCUCUGGACUGAUUUUACGCUUGUAUUUAAAAAGUGGAUACAUUUGCGUUUAGCGAUAUAGAUAUUUCAAUAAUAAAUGAUGAGUUUUUGAAUUCUGGAAAAACUCGUUUACGAAAAAUUCGAUCAAAAAUGAAUGGCCAAGUAGAUACAGUGGACGUGGAUAUUUAUAUGAUAUCGUCUUUUUCCAAAUGAGAAAACUUUUCUUAUUCGGAUGUAUAGCUUUUUACUAUCGAUCUUACUCGAUAUAACUUUCUACUAAUAUUGAUACCGGCCCAUCGCAUUCUCGCCGAUCUUCUACAUUUACUUUUCUUAAACUUCCACAUUGGAAUUCACUGGUUUCAUUCCAAUUCAUUGACAAUGAGAAAAGUAGUAGUUACGGUAGAUUGAGUAAAUAUCGGUAUUACGAAGAACGGUUAUGAAUAUGAUAUCGCGCAAAUUUACAUAUUAUUAUUUAUUGUAUAGAGAGAGAGAACUAUAAGCGCUGAAGAAAAUUCUGAAACGAUAAGAGAUCACUGAUGGCAUUUACAUAUACCAUAUUGCAGUAAAAAAAGUCAAUUAAAGAUACUUUAUUAUAGAAUCAUCAGAUUCCGUAAUGGAAACUCAAAACAGGCUGGAAUGAGAGAGUAAUCAGUCAAGACCGCUUUUGUUUAACUUUCGAUCCAUCCUUGAUGAAAAUUUUAAGAUCGAUCCAGAUCCUGUAUGGUACCGGUUAGGCUUCGAUUCAUCAAAUUAAGAUCGAAAUUCUUUCCGGCGAAUUGGAUUCAGGUGCUCUGACUAGAGUCCUACCAGAUCCUGAUCCAAAUUCUUAAGGACUACUAAAUUGAUUGUCCGUGUACAUAAAUUAAAAUUUCUCAUCGUUUAGGAACCUGACCAAAUUGUCUAAUCAACUUGCAUAUUAAAUACUUGCAAAUUAUACUUUCUGAAAAAAAUUGUGUAGCUUCGACACCAUAUCAUCGAUUCAGGCAGCUAUCAUAAUUUUUUUUCCCCUUAGUUCCUAGUACCACGCGUAAAGCAGUUCGAACACGGGUCCACUUUUUGUCGGUAAGGGUGAAUUACAUAGUGGUGGGAAUGAAUUUGUGUUAAUACGUCAGCUCCCAUUCAGUUUCUCUGAUUCGAGUCGGCGAAAAUUUUGUAAGAAGUUAAUGAAGAGUCAGAAAUAUUGGGGGAACUUUUCAAGAUUGACAUGUUCAAAGGUUAAUGAUAGGAUAUAGCGGUAGAGUGUUUAUAACAUAUGGUUGUCCGUGUCAACCUUCAAGAUGAUAAAAGAAAUACGUUUAAUUGAUCUAUCGGCAUUGGAAUUUUUUCAUCUAUCCAACUUUAAUAUAAUUAAUUAUUCGAUUGCAAUAUUGAAUAUUUUGUGUGGAGGAACAUCCUAAAAAAUCCUGAAUUUAAGACGUCCAAAUAAAAUGAAAAUCCAUUAGCGUUUUAGCUGAUCAAAUGCCUAAACUCUGUUAACUCAGUAAUUUGUCUAUGAUUUACUAUCCUCGUGAAAAAAUGCAAAUGAACGAAUGCGCACGGACGCCUAAACAAAGUUUCACUUUUUUUCCAAAGUGUAUAGUUUUGAGUCAGAGAAAUUCAAGUGAAGAUUUAAUCGAAUGUAUAAAUUAGUACGUAAAUUCAAGCCAUGAUGAAUAAAUGGAUUGAAUUCAAAUACACUGAAAUCCAAGAGGUGCUAACAUAAUUUAUAGAAGUCAUAAGCGAUGGAGAUAGCUGAAUGGAGGUAAAACAACGCUUACUAUUUCUCAAAAUUCAACUAUUUAAAUAGGGAUGAUAAGACUUCCCAGAAAAAUAUAAUCUAUUACAUAUUAUAUAGUAAAAUGACGUUACUGAAUGGUUAUUAACUUCAUAGUUGAAUCCCAUGAAUAUAGAGAGUUUCCUUAUUUUUAUACAAAAAAAAGAUAUUUAAAAAGCUACAUGUGAAAAUUGUUAACAAAAAAAAUUAAUUAUUUUAAAACCAGUCUCGGUCUUUUUUUCGAACCUCCCAGAGAGGCCAACAACUCAGCACUAGAAUUAGUCCGUCGAAUCCAUAAGAAUUCUGUUCUCAUUUCUCCAAAGGAACAAAUGACGUUAAUUUAAUUAUUCAAUAAGUGAAUGUUUAGAAAAUUUCACUAAUGUCAUGCUUACUCUUAAUUACGAGAGUAACGUUGAAUAAACUAUUGAAUAUAUAAACUUGGAAUUAUAAAUAAUAUCGACAGCCCGUUGAGACCACCAUAGGUGAAGUAUUUGACGGGCUUAGCGAUAAUUGUGGUCUGGGCUUUAACCGUAGUAAUUCGUGGCUGAUUGAUGCCCCAUACAAAUGUAUGUUCCAUUUAUUUUUUAAAUGUUUUUAUGCACUCAACUGUGCAAUUCGUUCAAUUGGAGUGUAAAAUUUAAUGUCUUACAUGAUGUCUUGCAUUCUUUAAAGAUAAUUGUACAAUUUUUCGACCAAACGUCAGCCAAAAUUUCGCUUUUCAACGAAAAAUACAACUGUCAACUACGAUUUUCUGAGUUUUUAAUGCAAUUUCAAUAUAUUCCAACGAAUAGAUGUCAUUUUAUGGGAGGCGAAAGUGGGGCAGAAUGGAUCGCCGCCAACGGUGAUUAAUUAAUCAAUCGUGACAUCAAAUUUGGCAAGAAAAUGAACUCGUCUGAAUAACAUGGCUUCAUCAGCCAGCUACAUUAAGCAAGGCCCAUUUUGCCCCAGCAUUGAUUAAUCAUGUCCGUCACAACUUCAUAGAGAAACCUAUAAGCAUAAUGGCUCUAAAAUUUUAUUGGACUUUUAUCGAGUUUUUUCGAAAAAUGUCAAGUCGCGUUUUUCGACAUAACUGAAGAUUUAUUUCUCAAAAAACUUUGAUUCCCUCAGUGUGUGGUAGAACGACGUAUUUCUCGUUAGUAUAUGGCUCUUUAUCCGCGUUCAGCGACUUUCGUUCAACACGAUCUGUCAAACGGGCUAACCUUGGACGAUAGUUAAUGUCGUAAGAGAAAAAAUUGUUUGAAAAAGAAAAAGAGUUAUGUGAAAUUUUGUCCAUAAAGUGGGCGCAAAACUAAUGGCAUUUUAAAUAAAAAUCUAAUAGAAUUGGGUCAUCAAUGCAUUAGGUUUACCUACGUUACAAUCUUCAUGGUCCAAUAUAGCAGUGAUUCAACGUUUACCGAGUGUACUCGUAUUAUUCAUUUGUACAUAUACUCACUUCCGUAGAAUGUGAAAGCAGAAAAAUUAUAAUCUAUGACUCUUAGAUUGAAAUACCCAAACCAAACUCGCGAAAUGGGUCCAAUCGCCGAACUUAUCCCUAUUUCUUCAUAAAAUACUUCACAAUAGGACGUUUUCACAUUUAACUGAUGAUCAAUUCAAAAUAUAUUCCGCAUUUACGAAUAAUUAUUGCUGAAACUCUGAAAACGAGUGCUCCAUUAACAUUGCAUUGAUUUUAUUUGUACUGCACUUCCCAAUCAUUUAUCUCAAUCCAAUGCUAACGAUUUCACGUUAUCCCUAAUAAACCACCUAAAUAAGUAACCAUUAACGAGAGUAAACAAUAAUGUGUAUAUUUAAGUAUGGUGUAUCAAUGUUGAACAAUCAACGUGUGUUGUGAAUCAUAUGAACUGAUAAAUUCACACAAACGUAUGUACUGUAAUCCAAAAAUGAACCGAAUACUCCUGUAACCUUAACAUUUAUCCAAUUACUAUGAAUGGUAUAAAAAAAUUGUGACUGUAAAAUAUGAAAAAUUGAUCCGAGAUAGCCGAAUGUAUUGUGACCCAUUUAUGUCAUAAAUACAGCCCACAAAUGAUGCAAAUAUAACAUAACCAAACAGUUAUUCUACACGUGUGUGAUGAUUAAU